AAAAAGUCUUGAUAAAUACAAACCGCACCACCCAACCUAACCUUGUCCCGUGAGUUCAUCAUACGCACACACCUUACUCACUGGUGGCAAGUACACAAACAAACAGACAGAUAUGCACCCCACCUCCGAACGUACAGCUUCGCCCCUCCUCAAGUGGCUGCCUGUAGCAGCGGCUGCUUCAGCGGAUCAAUCCUGUCCUCACCGUUGUCGAGGGACGCGCCAUGCAUGGCACUCUGAGACGAAAUCCUCCUCGCCGAUCCAGACGGCUGUGCAUGUUUGGUGCUGUGUGUAUCAUCAGCAUCCGUCACCGAAAAGGCUGCACUUGGUGUUCUCGCAGGGGUAGCAGCAUCGGCCCGGCGCUCAGCUUCCUUGCUGGCCCGGCGCUCAGCUUCCGCAGCUUCCGCCUCGGCAUGCUCCUCUCGGAAAUCCUCACUGAGUGCCUUCAUUCGAGCCUCAAGGUCGGCGAUCCGCUUGUUGAUCUCCCUGAGCGAGGCAUGGCAGAAUUACAAUAUACAGACAGGCACGCCCAGGGAUGGAUGGGAAUGAGUGAGUCAGCAAGUAGGUAUGAGUGUUUCCCCUUGCAGGGCCCUGACCUAGCUACCUGUCACAUUGCUCCAUGGUCAUCAGCCCGAUUCUGCGCUUCCAGGCCCAUCUCCUACGGAGCCAGUCACGGAUAUACUACAGACAAGACCAAUUUGAGACAGACAGACAGAUCACCGCGGAAGGGUCGGUCAGGUGGUCUCCUGGCUGUGGCACGCACCGCACCUCCUUCUCCAUCUCCUGCACCUUGAGCAUCGCCUCCCUGAACUUGGGCAAGUCGUCAGCGUCCACAGUGCCAUCUAGGUUGACGUACUCCACCACCAUCCAGUAGUGGGCAAAGGACGGAGCAAGCGCCAAAUCGGGCGUGUAGCGCUCAUACGCAUCGUUGACCGCCAGGAUGGAAGGGCCACUCGGCCACUGCUCUUCCGGAAGGGGCGGGUGCGGCACUGGUAUCUUGACGACUGGUAUUAUGGAACCCAUCAAUCCUCACCCGUGAGCCGGGAAAGGGGAAGCGAUGGAUGAAUGAUUCAGUAGAUCCCCUCGGCAGUGUGCGCACCUUGGCGUUUGGAGGUGGGCUGCAACACAAAGAGAAAC